GCAGCUUCCAGUCCAUAUCUCAUGGUUCAGCUGGAAAUCUGCAUUGAUUCGGUCGAGUCGGCGAUCGCUGCUCAGCAAGGAGGCGCCAAUCGGGUCGAACUCUGCUCCGCCUUGUUCGAGGGUGGCCUCACGCCGUCAGUCGGCAUGCUCAAGUGCGUUUUGAAAGCAGUGUCCGUUCCGGUCUUUGUCAUGAUCCGGCCGCGCGGUGGAGACUUUUUGUAUUCGGAGCUCGAGCGAGCUGUCAUGCACGAAGAUGUGGUUGCUCUCAAGGCCGCCGGAGCACACGGAAUCGUGCUUGGCGCGCUGAAUGCAGAUGGCACGAUCGAUGUGGAUUUCUGUCGAGCGUUGAUUGCCGCAGCUCGACCGCUGCCCGUCACGUUUCAUCGGGCCUUCGACAUGAGUCGAAACCUAGAAGAGAGCAUGUCAGCGUUGAUCUCGUUGGGAGUCGAGCGAGUCUUGACGAGUGGCAUGGAGGCGACUGCCUUCGAGGGCUGCGACAACAUUCGAGCCAUGAUUGCACAGGCCGAGGGGAGUGGUCUGAUUGUCGUUCCAGGCGGAGGCAUCACCGAGCGCAAUCUGCCCAAAAUCCUCAAGACCACUGGUGCGACCGAGUGUCAUUGCUCUGCGCGCCAAUCGUAUGAUUCACGCAUGGUUUAUCGAAACACGGGCGUUUUUAUGGGAGGGACGCUUCGUCCACCCGAGUUUUCCACCUCAAUCACUCAUGCUGGCCGCGUUGCUGGCGUCGUAGCCGCUGCUCGCCUUGCGCAGUGACUCGUUCAUCUGCUUGAGUGUUGAUAGGCAGCGCGGAGGUUUUUUUUUUUUCUUGGUUUUUUGUCAUACUGUAAAUUUGUUGGUCUUCCCCUCGUGCUGCACCCAAAUUCUCGAGUGCACGAUACUUUAUUGCAUGCUUCAGCAGUGAUUCAGGGCAUGCUCCUGGUUGGUAACAGGUUUCCAAGCAGGUUUUUUGUUUUUCUUGCUUUUU